GUUUACGAGGUGGCGCAUCAAUCGUUUUCGACAGUUUGACCUUCAAGUACUCAGUAACGUUCAUCGAUGGACGAUGUGGUUAUGAUUGUCCCUUCAUAUAACUUCGUCAAAUCAAUCCACAAGUCGCUAUCGGAAACAAAUAACAUCUCUUAUCUUAAACUUCUUACAGAUUCUCUACUGGUUCUUGAUGUGGGUCAAGAGUUUUCGUUAACGUUUGAGGAUAUUCAUGGUUUGAAAAUCAUCUUUUUGGAUACAUUUGUUGAAUGGACCUGCCAAUUUGCAUCUUCAAUUCCUCCUUCACUCAGUGACAACACUGGAGGGAUCCGCAUGGCUGGAAUAGUCAAUAACAUAGUAAUGGAGACGCUUGCCCUUAUUAAUGACAUUACAAAUGAAUUAAAAUUGGGAUAUUCCAAAGUACCUAAACCACUGAUGGAUUUCUCAAAUCACCUGAAGUUUUUGAUGAAAACUUCAUCUAGGCGUGCUUUUGGCUGGAUUGAUUAUUGUUGUAAAUUAAGAAGUUACUGUAGCAGAAUGUUACAUUGUAUCAAGUUCACAAAUACAUCUUUGUCUUCUGAAGAGGAUUUAGAGGAAGUUUUUGAACCGUAUUCGAAAAUCCCAAGCACCACUGAAAGCUUGAGUAUUUCAGCAUUAAAAACAUUAACUAAACGUGAAGUAAUGAAAGACACUGUUAAUAUUGAGGACUCAUUAAUCUCAUUGAAUAUUCAUAUGGAUUCAAACUUGUUCAGUAACAUUUACAGACUGGCAUAUGAUAAAAGCGGUAUUAUACAGAUCAUUCAACAGGUGCAAACAGAUUACCAGGAUCUAAAUAAAGCAGAUAAUAAAAACUUACCCAGUCUUGCCAACAUUCAACAACAUUUACUUAAAUUGUCAUCAGUUUUUAUUACUUUGGAUACUUUGAGGCGAUUCAGUGACGAAAUACCACCUGAACAACUCCAAACACCAGUAAUUUUAGCCGAUAGUAAGGGAUUGAAACAAACGCCUAUAAUUAAUGGUAAUGAAAACGCUGAUAUGAAUUGUGAACGAAAAGGAAGAAAAUUAGUUGAUAAAUAUUGCUUUGAACGAUUUUGUGGGCCAUCACCCUCAACAUCAAUGUGUACACCUGUCCCUGAAGAAAAGAAGAAAGUUCGGAAGUAUAUUAUCCGUCUUCCGAAAGAGGAAUGGAAAUCACACAAAACACCUUGGACAAUUGAAGAAUCUAUAGCAUUAUGGCAUGGAGUAAUGUAUGCUCCUGGUUCGAAAAGUUGGUCUCAAAUCUGGCAUCAAUCCUUUCGACAUAGUAAUCGUAGUCAAGUAAAUUUAAAAGACCGGUGGCGUGUAAUAGAUAAUAGUGAAACUAUUAAAAAUGUAAUUCGACAGGCGUAUGUUAGUUGGACAUCACAGUUUACAGAUGGAAAAGGCAGUCCAGUCAGAUAUAAUCAUUUACCAAUGCCAAUUAUUGUACGUACCUGUCAAUCAACUUAACCUUUGUAUUUUCUGAAUCUUAAUCGUUUAAAUGUGCAAUAUAUACAAAUAUUUUGUUAAAUUCAA